ACCCCACCCAAUUUACUUGAACAAGGAAGCGUUGAAAGUAUCGACAGGUUUACAAAAUAAUAAUAAUAAAUUAAUCAUCUGCAUUUGUGGGUUUGGGGUUAACAAUAAAAAUGAGCGAGAACAACGAGGGAGAGCAGCAGGAGCGAUGCGAAGAGGCCAAGUUUGUGGAUAAAAACUAUUCAUACCUUAUUCAAAACGUUACUACAGUGAUGCCAAUAGCAGAUGAACUACUCAACAAGGGCAUGAUACAUAAUGAAACAUAUGAACAGAUCAAAGCAGAAACAACAGACCAGGAAAAAAUGAGAAAAUUAUUAAAAUCAUUAAAGCCUGACAACGUCAAAAGCACCUUUUAUUAUUUGCUGGAAAAGCAUGCAAAACACCACUUCAAAAACCUGGGUGGUGUCAGCAGGAAACGCAAGCUUGCUGAUCCUGAAUGCUCAAUACCAUUUAAAAGACUUAAUACUAAGACUACAGAACAAGACAUCACUAACUAUAACAAUGCUAGUAACUCAGCACCACCACCAAGACCAGCAUCAACAAAUAUUGUGACCAACAUUAUAUGUGGAAUGCCCCCUGCACCCAAAAAAGAGUGUAAGAAAUCCCCAGCAUUGAAGAAAGAGAAACAAACUCUUGCACCAGAGAAAGCGGACAAACCUCCCGCACCCAAGAAAGCGGAGAAACUUCCCGCACCCAAGAAAGCGGAGAAACUUCCCGCACCCAAGAAAGCUAAAAAACCUCCCGCACCCAAGAAAGCGAAGAAACCUCCCGCACCCAAGAAAGCGAAGAAACCUCCCGCACCCAAGAAAGCGAAGAAACCUCCCGCACCCAAGAAAGCGAAGAAACCUCCCGCACCCAAGAAAGCGAAGAAACCUCCCGCACCCAAGAAAGCGAAGAAACCUCCCGCACCCAAGAAAGCGAAAAAACCUCCCGCACCCAAGAAAGCGAAGAAACCUCCCGCACCCAAGAAAGCAAAGUAACCCCCCGCACCCAAGAAAGAGAAACCACCCAUGCCCAAGAACCUAAUUUUUUGGUUCAUUUAUAAACUCUAGAAUAGAUCUGUCUCAGUAUGUGUUUUAAAUCCUAUGCAAUCACUUUGUAUUGUUGUGCUGUUCUUACCGAACAUUAACUUUUUUUUCCUCUUGAUAAAGAAAUGGAUGAAGAAAAUGCAUAUAAAUUAUUCCAAUAAAUAUUCAUUAGCCCUCCGA